GGGCGGGCCCGGCCGGCGGGGCCUGGCAAGAUGGAGGAGUACGCGCGGGAGCCGUGUCCCUGGAGGAUAGUAGAUGACUGUGGAGGUGCUUUCACCAUGGGAGCCAUCGGAGGUGGCAUUUUCCAGGCUAUCAAGGGCUUCAGGAAUUCUCCAGUGGGUGUGAACCACCGGCUGCGGGGCAGUUUGACAGCCAUCAAAACAAGAGCUCCCCAGCUGGGAGGGAGCUUUGCUGUCUGGGGAGGCCUCUUCUCCAUGAUUGACUGCAGCAUGGUCCGAAUGAGGGGGAAGGAAGAUCCAUGGAAUUCAAUCACAAGUGGAGCCCUGACUGGAGCCAUCUUAGCUGCCAGAAAUGGCCCCGUGGCCAUGGUUGGAUCUGCUGCCAUGGGGGGGAUUCUGCUGGCUUUAAUUGAAGGAGCUGGGAUCCUGUUGACAAGAUUUGCCUCCACGCAGUUCACAAAUGCACAGCCUCACUCAGAGCAGUCGGGGAGCUGACUCCGCAGUGCCCUGUCCCGUGUCACUGCUGUCCUGCCAGGCCCUCAGUUUUCAGAUGACCCCUCCCAGCUGCAGCCCGCGCCGUUUGGUGACUACAGACAAUACCAGUGACCAUCCUCCUCCUCCUCUUCCUCCUCCUCCUCUUCCUCCUCCUCAUACCCAAGCUGUCACUUCAAAGGCUGGAGGACCAAGUCAUGGUAUGUCUCCACCACGGGUAGCCUCUGACUCCAACCACACCACCCGGGACCUGCAGCACUUCUCAGUGGGAAACAGGAGAACUCUUAGAAGAUGAUAAAUCUAUUUAUUCAUGAUCAGAAUCCAUGGCUGUAAUGUUGAUACCUGUCUGAUAGAAUACAUGGAGGUUUAAGACCAGGACCAAA